AUGCCUUGGUCAACAACUCAAAGACAAAGACUGGCAUUUGAGAAAUCGCUGCUAGAACAAUAUUUCCGCAACAGGGUAACAUGGAUUGAUCCGACAGGCGACACAAAGGUUGAGGUCCGAGUGACUUGCAGCAACGAUAGACAGCACACUUUACGAGUAUACCUGCCAUCAGACUAUCCAAACUCUGUUCCCGAUAUGAUUGUGAAAACCCCUGGAAUGACCACGGUGAAAAGUCGCAGCGGAGGUGAGAUGAGUGGAGGAAGUACUGACCACAUUAUUGGGACCCGUGAUGGCUGCACAAAGAUCUGUCAUUUCCAGCCGGCUUUGUGGAAGGAUGACAACACACUGUAUCAAGUUAUUAUGAAGGGUAUGAUAUGGCUGGAGGCAUACGAGGCCCAUUUACGAACGGGAAGAAAUCUAAAUGCUUAUCUGGCUGAGAUGUGACUGCGCAUCGUGACAGAUAAACGAACAAUUAAGGAUUAGGACAUUCACAUCAUAAGCCAUAAGAUUACAAUUUUCGCAGGAAUGAAAGGGCUAAAUGAAAUCAGUUUUUUUAUGUUUAAGAGAAAAUCAACCAAAUGUUUUAUCAACAAGGCGGCUGAAAACCUUUUGACGUGUAAAUUGAGUUAAAAUUGAUAUGUGUAUAGUGACGGGUGCUGCUUUUUUUUCCCCAAGAAAUGCUUAGUUUUAUCUAGUUAAAAUCAUAUCGCGCAUGAACGAAUUUCUUGGUAAAGGGUCGAUAAAGGUAAUAAUUAGAACUAAACGUUGUAUGCCACUGUAACUAAAAUUGUUUGUACCUCCGGUGUUACAAUCAUCAUCAUCGUCAUCAUCAUCAUCAUCAUCAUCAUCAUCAUCAUCAUUAUCAUCAUCUUCAUCGUCAUAAUAUCUAGUAUCUAGAAGGUCGUGGGCUCGAGUUCGAGCUCAGUGUUAGAUUUGGAGUUCUCUCUACUGAAGUUAUUGAAUUUUUUAUUGCCCAGAUAGUAUUAACGUGACUGCGUGAUGCCGUUAUUUCAUGAUGUGUUCAUUUGAUGAAAUUUAAUCGUGCAAUAGGGGCUUAUAUGUCAGCUAACAAAUGACCUGCUCAUCACUAGAGUUCUCAGUAGCUCAGUGAUUAGAGCAUCCGACUAGUGUCUGGAAGAUCGACGUCGUGGAUUCAAUUCCCAUCUUGAACUCAUAUAUUUGAGCUUUUUAAGAGAUUCCAAAAUGGUCGAAAACCAACUGUAUGAUUACAUGCUAUUCUAGCCAGCCUGUUUGGCUGGGGUUCCCGAUAUCGAGAUGACUUAAUGCUGGAAAAUAAAAGUCGGCUUGACGAAAUUGUCCAGCCUGGUAAGCUGGGUCGCUGCUCGGUUCAUAUAAUCAGCACCUCAGUGUUUGAUUUUGUGAUAAAACGUUUGAUAUAUUACUUCUAGUUUCUAAAUCGUUAUUAAGCCAUUUUGUUGUUAGAUAUUGUUGUUACAAUAAAAACAAACACACCAAAAAAGAAGGAAAAAAAAACACGAGAAUAUUAAUCGCACUUCCAAGCAAAGAUGGUUACACGCAAAUCUGCCACUUCCUUCCUUGCUCGUGGAAAGGUGAUAAAACGUUAUUUGACAUAAUUAUGAAAGGAAGGACUUGACUGGAGGCUUAUGAGAUUCAUCUUCAGACUGGAGAUUCUGUUGAUCGCUACAUGUAUUUACAAGCCAAUGGUAGCAUACUUUAAGAUGGAGUAAUCAACCGACUAUAAAGACCUAAGGAAACGAUUGUACACCUUGCUGGGGAUACAACUAUACUUCAGAUCACUGUCAUGUUAGAGCUACCUGUCCGAGUAUUAUUUUGUUAAUACACACGAGAUGAAAGAGAUAAUUUUAAGGUGUGGUUAGGGGGGAACACGCAAGGAGCAGUCUUAAAGAUGACAUUAUAAGUUAUAGUGCCAAGGCGCCCCGGGAGGACUCAGUUGAAAAUAGCUACCGUAAAAUUCCGAAAAUAAGUCCCUCCAUGUAUAGGACCCUCCAAAUAUAAGCCCCACAAGCUUGUAACACAAAAAACCCUCCGUUAAAUCGGCCCUCCAAAUGUAAGCCCCCCGGGGCUUGUACUUGGAAAUUGUCCUCAAAUACAAAGUAAAGCAAAGCAAAAACGGUAAAUUUCCUUCCAGCUGUACUGCUAGCCCAAUGGAUUUUGAAACGCUAAUUUCCCUCCAUAGAUAAGCCCCUCCGAAUAUAAGCCCCUCCAAAAAUAAGCCCCUCAAAAAGGGCCGUUGAAAAAUACAAGCCCCGGGGCUUAUUUUCGGAAUUUUACGGUAUUUCUUGGAAUUCAGGAAGCAGAAAAUUGAGACAAAUUUAUGCUAAAAUAUCCCCAACCGUUAAAAAAAUUGUAACAGAAUACGGGAGCAAUGGCAAAAAUAGCCUUCAGACUAUCCUUAACUACUUUUGUGGGUUCAAUCAAUUGUUGUACAAACUUCAAUUCAAUCUGCGUUUUUUACAGAAGUUGCACCAUGAACUUCCACCUCCUAUAUAACCGUCUGCAUUGAGUCGUUAGGUAAAGGCACUUGAUUUAUGACAUACUGACAAAUACAAUAAGAAUGAAGGAACAGGCUUUUAAAAAGAAAACAGUGGAAAGUGGCCUUUUGAGGAUCUAACGGCCCAUCAAAGCUAGCCUUUUGAGCGAAUUUGAAAUCGAAAAUUAUGUACCUCUUAACUCUAAAAAUACCGCUAGAAUAACUCAUAAGAAAGACGAGAACACUUUGAAACGAAAGCGAUUUACAUCAAACUGACAUGAUAUGUCUAGCUAGAUUUUACGUAAGGCAGAUAAAAUAUGCCUUGUAAAAUAAUUAUAAACUUUGACAUAAAUAGCACAAAGAGAAAGUCGCUUCGUAUGAAAUCGAUGUAUUAAAACCACCAUGAAUGUCAAAAUGUUACCUUUCAGAAUGCAACAGGAACAAUAUAAUAUCCUAUGAGCUAUUCCGUUUAUAAGAAAAUACACAAAAAGCCAAAAGACUUACCUUUCAAGUACUAUUAUUCUCAAACUGAAUAAACAGUUCCACGAGAUCAACCUGCAUGAAUAAAGUGCCUGAAUAAAGGUCAGUAGACUACCGGCCUUUCCAAGAAAACCCCGUUCACGAUAUUCUUUUUUUAUCCGAAUAAAGGCUCGGAAAGGAAACAAAAUAUAUGCCAAAUCAAGAGAAAUCGUUUCAUUAUGCAAAGCAAAGCACCCCUAAGAAUUUCAGAUAUAAGAAAAGGUUUAAAAUUCAGAGGCAAGAAUGUUUAAACUUCUACGCAUGAGCGCGGCUAAAUAUUCCAAGAAAGCAAAUUUUGAAAUGCAAAUGCAUCGGUAUUGUUUGAGAAAAGUAGUGCUUUGCUCAUUUAUCGUGCAGACCAGUGAUCAUGUCAGGUGUUGCCUAUUCGGUGUGAAUAGGGAAAUACACACUAUCGGAUAAAACUAUAACGUCUUUUAUCAAUCACAGAGUUUCGAAAUCAUGCCUUGGUCAACAACUCAACGACAAAGACUGGCAUUUGAAAAAUCGCUGCUAGAACAAUAUUUCCGCAACAGGGUAACAUGGAUUGAUCCGACAGGCGACACAAAGGUGGAGGUCCAAGUGACUUGCAGCAACGAUAGACAGCACACUUUACGAGUGUACCUGCCAUCAGACUAUCCAAACUCCGUUCCCGAUAUGAUUGUGAAAACCCCUGGAAUGACCACGGUGAAAAGUCGCAGCGGAGGUGAGAUGAGUGGAGGAAGUACUGACCACAUUAUUGGGACCCGUGACGGCUGCACAAAGAUCUGUCAUUUCCAGCCGGCUUUGUGGAAGGAUGACAACACACUGUAUCAAGUUAUUAUGAAGGGUAUGAUAUGGCUGGAGGCAUACGAGGCCCAUUUACGAACGGGAAGAAAUCUAAAUGCUUAUCUGGCUGAGAUGUGA